CCAGACGCUCAGCGCCCAAUCGCGGCGCGUAAACUGAACUUUGUUGUUGUCAGCAACUAACAGCUAGUUGUAAGCUAGUGCUAGCCGGUGAGCUAACAGCACAAUAUCGCUUGUCUCAUUCAAGCUAAUAAAGAAUUGGAGUACAGUAACGGUUGUAACGGUUAAAACAGUCGCUCUCACCGGCCGUUUGUCUCCGAUAUCAAGAAAGAUGACUUCUGCACUGUGUGAUCCAAUUCUAGAGAGACAUUUCAAGGGUCACAGGGACACUGUGACAAGUGUGGACUUCAGCUGCAACACGAAGCAGAUUGCCACAGGCUCUAUGGACUCCUGUGUGAUGAUCUGGAACAUGAAACCUCAGAUGCGAGCGUAUCGUUUUGAUGGACACAAAGAUGCUGUCAUUUCUGUUCAGUUUUCUCCCUCUGGCCACCUGGUGGCCUCCGCCUCCAGAGACAAGACUGUACGUCUUUGGGUGCCCAGCAUGAAGGCUGAGUCAACAGCUUUCAGGGCUCACACUGCCACCGUGCGCAGCGUUAACUUUUCUGGUGACGGACAGACUCUGGUCACAGCCUCUGACGACAAGACUAUCAAAGUCUGGACUAUCCACAGGCAAAAGUUUCUCUUCUCUCUCAACCAGCACAUCAACUGGGUCCGCUGUGCCAAGUUUUCUCCAGACGAUCGUUUGAUUUUGUCGUCCAGUGAUGAUAAGACUAUAAAGCUAUGGGACAAGAAUAGCAGAGAGUGUAUUCAUUCUUUCUAUGAACAUGCUGGUUAUGCAAACCAUGUGGAUUUCCAUCCCAGUGGAACAUGCAUCGCUGCGGCCAGUACUGACAACUCUGUCAAGGUGUGGGACACCAGAUCCCAUAAGAUGCUACAGCACUACCAAGUCCAUAGUGGUGUGGUGAACAGCUUGUCUUUCCACCCGGGUGGUAAUUUCCUCAUUACUGCGUCCAGCGAUUCCACAAUGAAGAUACUGGACCUUGUAGAGGGCAAGCUACUGUAUACACUGCACGGACACCAGGGUCCAGUGACCUGUGUGGCCUUCUCCAGGACAGGAGAGUACUUUGCCUCUGGAGGUUCUGAUGAACAGGUAAUGGUGUGGAAGAGCAACUUUGACUGUGCUGAAUACAGCGAUGGUGUCAGGCUGCAGCAUAAAACUACUUCCAGCUUGCAGGCAUCACCAGCCAACUCCACGGCUCACCCGCCCUUUAACUCGCAUCCAUCUGUGCUCCAUAGCCAGGCUUCUGAACCAUCAGAACAUUUUAACGGACAGGACUCCCACACUGCUGCCCACACUCAGAGCGGCAGUCGCAGCGGCAGCCACAGCAGAGCGACACAUUCUCACACCUACAGAAACCACAGCACCUGUUCCUCCUCCACCCACCACACGCAGGCCCAGGGCUUACCACAGCACUCAACCCGGGUUCAAACACAGUCCCAGGCCUCAGAUGGAGGGGUCCUUCCGGGUCUAGCCAGCUCCCUGGAACACAUCAUAGGUCAACUAGAUAUUCUCACUCAGACGGUUUCGAUCUUGGAGCAGCGGCUGACGCUGACAGAGGACAAGCUCAAAGAGUGUUUGGAGAACCAGAUGGAGAUCGGCCUACAUCUCCAGAGACGAGAGGAGGCCUAAAAGAUGGCGGCAUCAGAGAGAGUUUGAGCUGUGGUGUGAGGGGAAAUGGGAUCACAUCAACACCAUAAACAGAAGCACAUGUACAGUACUCCCUCAUUGUUGUUAGAUCACACUUUAUAAUGUGCGAUCUUACACACAGUGACACAGACACAGGUUUAGCAAAGAGUUGAUGUGAGCCGUUUUUCUGAGUGGACUUUAAAUGCACUCUGAGCCUCACUGCUGAUGUACUGUGUCUGGUUAUUUUACAAAGAGAUAUCAGAAGUGAAGGAGUUGAAUAUUAGAGAAGUUGUUCCUCUACAACAGUGCUGAGAGCGCAGUCCCUUUUCUGCUGACGAAGGACCUGCUGCUAGUCACUGUGUGUGUGUGUGUGUGUGUGUGUGUGUGUGUGUGUGUGUGUGUGUGUGUGUGUGUGUGUGUGUGUGUGUGUGUGUGUGUGUGUGUGUGUGUGUGUGUGUGUGUGUGUGUGUGUGUGCACGAUAGCUGCAAAAGUGUAGACACAUGCAAGAGACUUUAGUACUUGCCUAUGCACUGCACGUGUGGACAUUUUUAACUCUAUUUGCGUGUGCAGGCUCACGCAGAAUGGCAUCAUCUAAAAGCACAUAUACUGUAAACAGUGUACACAACCAAAAUGUCCAUAGGGCACAGUUGUCAUUUUAGUUGCACGCAGUCCAGUACAAGAAUUUCAUCAUUUUUAAAUUGGAAAAAGAGGCUCAUUGAAAAAGUCAUUUUUCAAACAGUCAGAAAUAGUUACUGCAGAGCCAAUACAGUGUCUUUAUUGUGUCUUACAUUGUUGGUUUUGGUCUUCUAAUUGGAUUGUUGACAAUGAAAGAAAUCAAAAAUAGCGUCAGUCUUAUACUUUAAGGUAGAAUGAUGGUGCUAUAUGCAUUGGUUUUCAAGUUGGAUUUUCAACUCUGCGAGUGCAGAACGGCUGAUUGUAAUUACUGCAGUUUGAAAUAUAAGCGUCUUGUUCAGUCCCUUUAUAUCCUUUGUCUGAAACUUUUAUACACUGAAUGUAACUUAUUGUGUACCUUCUUAAUAAAUGUUUUUUUCACUCUUA